AUGUCCAGAGCCGUCGGAUGCACAUGGGCCUACACCCAACAGCUUCAGACACAGUUGUAUUCCUACACUUUUUUGUAUAAAAAGAGACUGAUUAAACUUCUUAUUGAUGCACAGCUUCUGUUGCUUGUGUAUUGGGAUCCUGAACUUGUGCGUAGAAUCGGCAGUGCAACUGCUCUUGAAGUCAGGGCUACUGGAAUCCCCUCUGUCUUUGCUCCUUGUGUUGCAGUUUGCAGAGAUCCUAGAUGGGGUAGGUGCUAUGAGAGCUGCAGUGAGGAUCCCAAAAUUCUCCAAGAAAUGACGGAUAUCAUAUUCGGGUUACAAGGCAAAAUACCAAAUAGUUCUCUCAGGGGAGUACCAUAUGUUGAAGUAAGGAACAAGGUUGCAGCUUGUGCAAAGCAUUUUGGGGGAGAUGGUGGGACAACCAAGGGUAUUAAUGAAAACAUGCUGAUCGACAGAAACUGUUUGCUAAGCAUUCACUUGCCUGCCUAUAUUGACUCGAUCUCUAAAGGUGUAUCAACGAUCAUGGUUUCCUACUCUAGCUGGAAUGGCAGAAAGAUGCAUGCCAACCACGAUCUAAUUACUGGAUAUCUCAAGGGCACACUCAAGUUUAAGGGUUUUGUUAUCUCUGAUUGGGAAGGCAUCGACAGGCUUACCACUCCAUGGCAUUCAAACUACGCCAAGUCUAUCCAGGCUGCUAUUUUAGCUGGCAUCAAUAUGGUCAUGGUUCCAAUUAAGUACAAGGAGUUCAUUGAUGAUCUAACGUGCCUCGUGAAGCAAAAGUUUAUCCCAAUGGAUCGUAUUGACGCUGCUGUAAGCAGAAUUUUGCUAGUGCAAUUCACAAUGGGUAUCUUUGAGAACCCUCUUGCUGAUCUUAGCCUAAUUGACGAAGUUGGAAGCAAGGCACAUAGAAACUUGGCGAGGGAAGCUGUUAGGAAGUCGCUUGCGCUUUUGAAGAAUGGAAAAAACGUAAAUAGUACCAUAUUACCGCUUCCUAAGAAGACACGAAAAAUUCUUGUUGCAGGUACCCAUGCUGAUAAUUUGGGUUAUCAAUGUGGUGGGUGGACGAUCGCUUGGCAAGGAUUUAGUGGGAAUAACUACACAACUGGAACCACCAUCCUUGAUGCCAUAAUAUCCGCAGUCGACCCAAGCAUGGAAAUCGUCCACCUUGAGAGCCCAGAUGUCAAUGAUCUCGAGUCCAACAACUUCAGCUACGCUAUUGUUGUUGUCGGUGAGGUCCCAUAUGCCGAGACAUCAGGGGACAGCCUAACUCUCACCAUAUCAGAUCCCGGCCCAACCGUCAUUCGCAAUGACUGUGAGGCUAUGAAAUGUGGUGUCGUCAUGGUAUCCGGUCGACCACUUGUGAUUGAACCGUAUCGUACCUCAAUUGAUGCGCUGGUGGCUGCCUGGUUACCGAGCACUAAAGGCCAAGGCUUGACAGAUGUAUAA